AUGUUGGAAAUGAAUUUUUUUUUCGACGUGAAGCUUUGUUUUCUACUGGUUUUUUUCCACGUUGGCACUUUUGCCAAAUCAUCACAAAUCGAAAAUAAAUUUAUUCCUACUUUUGCCGUCACUUUAAAAGUGAUUUUCUUCUUAACUCUCGCGAAUUCCACGAUGGCUUCCAGACCACUCACGUAUCCAGCUUUAGUUUCUACAAUUAAAUACUUGGAUCCAAAUAUCAGAUUUCAACUUGUAGCUAGGAAUCCUUCACUCGAAAAUCUCGGAAAAUCUCAGACACUCAUUAUUGAUGACCUUGUAUUGGACCGCAAUUCAAUUUCUAUAAAUAAUGUGGAAUAUAAGCUUGGCACCGAGAAUAAGUUCGACGAGGACCCGAAAACUCUGGCUAUCCGGCAACUGGAAGGCAGACGCCAGUUGAUCAAUGUUAAAUGGCUGAAGAUUGAAGGAGAAGGCCAGAUUCUCGACCUUCUUGAGCGUCUUCCCCAGUGCUUCCAGAGAUUCAAGAUGAAAAUGAUCUUCAAUUGGUCGAUGCAGCUCCACCAAUUGAUCGAUCCUCGGAGUAUUCCGUUGGACGGAAUUUCCCUCAACGAAGCUUUAUCACUGAAUUCUCGGCCUUAUCGACACAUUGAGCAAGCAAGACUUUGAAGUACCAAGCCGUUGCUUCCGCACAGAUGAUGCUGAUAUGGUCAAAAAUUUAUACAAGCUGCUAAGCCUUCUCGCAGAAGGUCACGAGAUGGUGUAUUACUAUGAUGAAGAAGAAGUCGAUAGUGACAUUGAGGAAGAGGUAAAUGGAUUCCCAAAUCUGAUCGAAUUUUGGUAUGAUGGUUCAAUUGGUUUCCAAGCUAGAGCCGAGAAUGAUGGACACUUUAUUAAAAUUUCUAUUGAGAUAUUUAAUAGAGUUGAAAAAGACUUAUUUGAACUUUUUAUGGACUAUUUUUAAGACGAUUGAAAUGAAUCUUGUAUUAUU